AUGACCGAGAAGGCAUCCAUCGGAGGAGGGAAACCUUUCCCGGAAGCCCUUCCAGACUCAGAUAACUAUGUUGUCGAAUUUGAAGGAGUCGAUGACCCCUAUCAUCCACAAAAUUGGAACCUAUCAAAGAAACUAUUCACAUCCACCCUCGUCUGCUCUGGGACAUUCAUAGUCUCCCUCACAAGUGCAAUCUUUGCACCAGGAAUCGACAAAGCAAGCAAAGAGUUCGGCGUCGGAAAAGAAGUCGGAAUACUAGGAACAACCCUCUACGUCUUGGGCUUCGCGUCAGGUCCCCUGAUCUGGGCACCUGCCUCAGAGCUUCGAGGAAGAAAAUGGCCUCUGACAGCCGGCAUGCUGGGCGGCGGCAUCUUCACCAUUGCAUCGGCUGUUGCUAAAGAUAUCCAGACUUUGAUCAUUUGUCGGUUCUUUGCUGGGUUGUUUGGUGCAAGUCAGUUGACUGUUGUGCCUGGUGUACUGGCGGAUUUGUAUAGCAAUGCCACUCGUGGUGCUGCGAUCUCGCUGUAUGCUUUGACCGUUUUUCUUGGACCGUUUAUUGCUCCAUUUACUGGUGGCUUUAUCGCUUCCAGUUAUCUAGGUUGGAGAUGGACUCUUUAUAUCCCGGCCAUCUUUAGUCUUUUCAAUGGAGCUAUCAGUGUCGUUUUCUUGAGUGAGACUUAUCCGCCUUGUCUUCUUGUGACGAAAGCUGCUGCUAUUCGCAAGGAAUCAGGAAAUUGGGGAAUACGUGCCAAGCAGGAAGAACUCGAGAUUGAUGUGGCAGAUCUCGUGGAGAAAUACUUCACACGACCCGUGAGGCUACUCUUCACAGAGCCGAUUAUCUUGGUGGUGUCGCUGUACAUGUCGUUCAUUUAUGGCCUUGUCUAUGCUCUUCUUGAGGCAUACCCCUUUGUCUUCGAGCAUGUUUACGGCAUGUCUCCUGGAAUUGCGGGUCUUAUGUUCAUUGGACUCAGUAUUGGUGUUGUGCUUGCCUGUUCAUUCAUCCUGUUUCAGCAGGUCACAUAUGCGAAGAAACUGGAAGAGAACAAGGGUGUUGCAGUACCCGAAUGGCGUCUAGCGCCGACACUAUUGGGCGCACCUGUUUUUACAAUUGGCCUUUUCUGGUUCGGCUGGACUGGAUUCACAUCCUCCAUUCACUGGGCGGCACCCGCUGCGGCUGGUAUCUUCAUUGGAUUUGGCGUUCUUUGCAUCUUCCUUCCAUGUUUCAACUAUCUCGUUGAUUCUUAUCUGCCCAUGUAA